UAGUUUCCACGAGGGAUGCCGCUUCUACUCCCUAUAAAAACAGACAUUCUGAGUUUAAGGUACAGUGCUUCGUUUGAAAGCGAAGACUUACCCAAGCGAAUUUCGCUUUGGCAAAAGUCUGAAAUGCGUCUAGCGCUAUCUCUACUAGUUGUCUUUGCGGCCUGUGCAGCCACAGCACAGCAGGCAGAAGACAACUACUAUGCGCCGCACUAUGGGCCUAAUGUGGUAGCUCCCAGGUUUUUGGUAACAACAACCACGACAACUACAACUGUAUCGACGUCUACUUCCGUGGUACCAUGUACCUCUGGUGCAUUCGGGGGACUUAUCGACGCUCCCGCCCUGGCUGCUCUACCGCUUUGUUCUGGUCGCCGACGACGUGGUAUCCUGGAAGUGUCGGAAGAAGCCGACAACGAGCAAUUUUCCAUUCUUCCAUCUGCUGUCCAAGGAGUUGAGGCUACACCGGUACCUAACAGGGAGGCGCGCAAUGCUGAUCCACAGUACGUGAUGAUGUCUCCAUUCGGCUACUCGUUUUAUCCACAAGAAAUCCAACCCGGUUUCUAUGGUGGCCCAUACGGUCCUUUUUUUCUACCUUUUCCUGGCUCAAAUGCACAGCCUGUUGCCGGAAAUCGCAUUUUCUUCAACCCCAUCUUGAACGCCGUUCUCCCGCCAUUUUUAAAGCAGACGUCGACGUCGACAGUUACGUUAACCGCAUUUGCCAUCAGCACCUCCACCUCGGUUGCAGCCUGCAGACCACCACCAGCAGUUGCUCGAUGUGCCGGCACAUAAUUUGCCACGAACGACAAGAAAGAAUAUGCAUUAAAUUAUUUAAUACCUGUAAGUGAAGCGACAUUGUAUCGUUGCCUAAUUUAAUACACUUUUGCAGCAUCA